AUUCCCAGGCAUUGUAGGAUUGGUUCCUGCCUCCCAUUCAUGUAACCUGUGUGUGUCUCUCUUUCUCUCUGUGUAUGUGUGUAACCGAGGGAGAGAGAGGCAAGGAGAGGAGGGGAGGGGGGUGGAAGCUUUAAAUAAAGCCUUUGGAUUGCAGCUGCUUGUACUGGGCAGCCUUACCAGGGACACUUUCUGCCAGGGAAGAAGCUGGACCAGUCUGUGUGGUGGUGGCGGUGGUGGUGGUGGUGGUAUUGUUCCUCUGCCUCUUUUUAGGAUGAGCUCCUGUGCCUGGCUGUAGUUGCCCACUUUGGGAUCCUGCUGAGGAGCUGUACCUAUAAGUGGCUUUGCACUGGGGAAGCCUGCAGACAUGGUAGACUGAGAUUAACACAUGUCCAGUUUGAAAUUGCAUACUUCAAGGAGUAUUUGAUGGAUUAUUCCUAGAUACUUCAAAAAGAUUAUUCCAAUCCAGUUGCCACACAGACACUAUAAUUUUAAUGUUGAAGACUCAGACGAGGGGGCCAUGGAUGUGAAGGAAAGGAAACCGUACCGAUCUCUGACCAGGCGCCGCGACACAGAGCGCCGCUACACCAGCUCCUCCGCAGAGAGCGAAGACAACAAAAUACCCCAGAAGUCCUACAGCUCCAGUGAGACUCUGAAAGCUUAUGAUCAAGAUUCCAGGUUGACCUACAGUAAUCGGGUCAAAGACAUGGUGCACCAGGAGGCUGAUGAAUUUUGCCGAACAGGAGCCAACUUCUCUCUGCGAGAACUGGGCCUGGAGGAUGUGAACCCCGCCCAUGGGACUUUAUACAGGACUGAGAUGGGGCUGCCCCACUGCGGCUACUCGAUCAGUGCCGGCUCCGAUGCUGACACGGAGGCUGAUGCAGCCAUGUCACCAGAGCCUCCGGUGAGACUCUGGGGGCGCAGCACCAAGUCGGGCCGCAGCUCCUGUUUGUCGAGCCGCGCCAACUCCAACCUCACACUUACCGACACGGAGCACGAAAACACCGAAACCGGUCCUCCCUUGCAUUGUUCAUCCGCUUCAUCAACCCCUAUUGAGCAGUCCCCUUCCCCUCCCCCUUCCCCACCGGCCAAUGAGAGCCAGAGAAGGUUGCUAGGCAAUGGUGUGGCCCAGCCAACCCAGGACUCUGACUCUGAGGAAGAGUUUGUCCCUAAUUCAUUCUUAGUUAAAAGUGGCUCUGGAAACCUCUGUGUCCCUGCCAAUGAUCAUCCACCGAAUCUUCAGAACCAUCCCAGACUUCGGACUCCUCCACCUCCAAUAUCACAUGCUCACACACCAAAUCAGCAUCAUGCGGCCUCCAUCAACUCCCUGAACAGAGGGAACUUUACUCCCCGCAGCAACCCCAGCCCCGCUCCUACCGAUCACUCUCUUUCUGGAGACCAGCCAGCCAGCACCCAAGAGCCAGCCCAUGCUCAGGACAACUGGUUACUCAACAGUAACAUCCCACUGGAGACAAGAAACAUAGCAAAGCAGACAUUCCUAGAGACAUUGCAGGACAACCUCAUUGAGAUGGACAUUCUCACCUCCUCCCGACAUGACGGUGCUUACAAUGAUGGGCACUUCCUGUUUAAACCUGGAGGCACCUCGCCCCUCUUUUGUACAACGUCGCCAGGAUACCCCCUGACGUCCAGCACUGUGUACUCACCUCCCCCUAGGCCCCUUCCCAGAAGUACAUUCUCUAGGCCUGCCUUUAACCUGAAGAAGCCCUAUAAGUACUGUAACUGGAAAUGUGCCGCUCUGAGUGCCAUUAUCAUCUCAGUCACCCUGGUGAUCCUGCUGGCAUAUUUUAUCGCCAUGCACCUGUUUGGCCUAACCUGGCACCUGCAGCCGAUGGAAGGGCAGAUGUAUGAAAUCACAGAAGACACAUCCAGCAGUUGGCCAGUGCCAACGGACGUCUCCUUAUAUCCCUCAGGGGGCACAGGGUUAGAGUUACCUGACAGGAAAGGCAAAGGACCCAGCGAAGGAAAGCCCAGUAGUUUCUUUCCAGACGACAGUUUUAUAGACUCCGGAGAAAUUGAUGUUGGCAGACGAGCCACACAGAAGAUUCCUCCUGGUAUCUUUUGGAGAUCUCAGGUGUUCAUCGAUCACCCAGUACAUCUGAAGUUCAAUGUGUCCCUGGGAAAGGCUGCUCUGGUUGGCAUCUAUGGCAGAAAGGGCCUUCCUCCUUCACAUACGCAGUUUGACUUUGUGGAGCUCCUUGAUGGGCGACGUCUGCUUACCCAGGAGGCGAGGAGCUUGGAAGGACCUCAGCGGCAACACAGAGGCUUUGUGCCCAUGUCCAGCCAUGAGACAGGAUUUAUCCAGUAUUUGGAUUCAGGAAUAUGGCACCUGGCCUUCUACAAUGACGGGAAAGAGUCUGAGGUGGUUUCUUUCCUUACGACUGCCAUUGAAUCCAUGGAUAACUGUCCCAGUAACUGCUAUGGAAAUGGAGACUGCGUGUCUGGGACCUGCCAUUGCUUCCUUGGCUUUCUGGGCCCUGACUGUGGCCGAGCAUCUUGUCCAGUCCUGUGCAGUGGGAAUGGACAGUACAUGAAGGGGAGGUGCCUGUGCCACAGUGGCUGGAAAGGGGCAGAGUGUGACGUUCCAACUAACCAGUGCAUAGAUGUCUCCUGCAAUAACCACGGCACGUGCAUCAUGGGGACCUGUAUCUGCAACCCAGGAUAUAAAGGCGAGAGCUGUGAAGAAGUGGACUGCAUGGACCCCACCUGUUCUGGACGAGGCGUGUGCGUUCGGGGAGAAUGUCACUGCUCUGUUGGCUGGGGAGGAACCAGUUGUGAGACACCAAGAGCUACCUGUUUGGACCAGUGCUCCGGUCACGGGACCUUCCUGCCUGAUACCGGGCUCUGCAGCUGUGACCCCAACUGGACUGGACACGAUUGCUCAAUCGAGAUUUGUGCAGCGGACUGCGGAGGACACGGCAUUUGUGUCGGAGGCCCCUGCCGCUGCGAGGAGGGUUGGAUGGGCACAGCCUGUGAUCAGCGGGCGUGUCACCCACGCUGCAAUGAGCAUGGGACAUGCCGGGACGGCAAGUGUGAAUGCAGCCCAGGCUGGAACGGAGAGCACUGCACUAUUGAGGGGUGCCCAGGCUUGUGCAACGGCAACGGGAGAUGCACUCUGGACAUGAAUGGCUGGCACUGCGUCUGCCAACUGGGCUGGAGAGGAGCGGGCUGCGACACUUCCAUGGAGACAGCCUGCGGGGAUGGAAAAGACAACGAUGGAGAUGGCUUGGUGGACUGCAUGGACCCAGACUGCUGCUUGCAGCCUUUGUGUCAUAUUAACUCACUGUGCCUGGGCUCCCCUGAUCCCCUGGAUAUCAUACAGGAGACGCAAGCCCCCAUAUUGCAGCAGAACUUGCACUCGUUCUAUGACCGAAUCAAGUUCCUGGUUGGCAAGGACAGCACUCACGUCAUCCCUGGAGAGAAUCCCUUUGAAGGGGGGCAUGCGUGUGUGAUUCGAGGUCAGGUGAUGACAGCAGAUGGGACCCCUCUAGUCGGAGUGAACAUCAGCUUUGUCAACAACCCUCUUUUUGGCUACACAAUCAGCAGGCAAGAUGGCAGCUUUGAUCUUGUCACUAUCGGCGGGAUCUCCAUUAUCCUCCACUUUGAGCGGGCUCCUUUCAUCACUCAAGAACACACACUGUGGCUGCCUUGGGAUCGCUUUUUUGUAAUGGAAACCAUUGUCAUGAGGCACGAAGAGAAUGAGAUUCCAAGCUGUGAUCUCAGCAACUUCGCCCGCCCCAACCCCAUUGUCUCCCCAUCCCCGCUGACAGCAUUUGCAAGCUCCUGUUCAGAGAAAGGCCCCAUUGUUCCUGAAAUCCAGGCCUUGCAGGAGGAGAUUAACAUUUCCGGCAGUAAAAUAAAGCUGAGCUACCUGAGCAGUCGCACAGCUGGCUACAAAUCGGUCUUGAGGAUCAGCAUGACACAUCCCACCAUCCCCUUCAACCUCAUGAAAGUCCACCUCAUGGUGGCCGUUGAGGGACGCCUCUUCAGGAAAUGGUUUGCUGCUGCCCCGGACCUUUCCUACUACUUCAUUUGGGACAAGACAGAUGUGUACAGUCAGAAGGUGUAUGGGUUGUCGGAGGCCUUCGUUUCUGUAGGCUAUGAAUAUGAAUCAUGUCCUGACCUGAUCCUAUGGGAGAAGAGGACGGCAGUGCUUCAGGGCUAUGAAAUAGAUGCUUCCAAGCUUGGAGGAUGGUCCUUGGACAAGCAUCAUGCUCUUAACAUACAGAGCGGCAUCUUGCAUAAAGGAAACGGUGAAAACCAGUUUAUCUCUCAGCAGCCGCCUGUCAUCGGAAGCAUUAUGGGCAACGGACGCCGGCGGAGCAUUUCCUGUCCGAGCUGUAAUGGCCUGGCAGAUGGGAACAAGCUCCUGGCUCCUGUUGCCCUAACAUGUGGAUCAGAUGGAAGCCUUUAUGUUGGAGACUUCAACUACAUCCGAAGGAUCUUUCCCUCUGGCAAUGUCACCAACAUACUGGAGCUCAGAAAUAAAGAUUUCAGACAUAGCCACAGCCCAGCACAUAAGUAUUACCUGACAACAGACCCAAUCACUGGCUCCAUCUACCUCUCUGACACUAACAGCCGGCGCAUCUACAAGAUCAAGUCAACCACAGCUGUGAAGGAUAUUGUCAAGAAUUCAGAGGUGGUGGCCGGGACUGGGGAUCAGUGCCUUCCUUUUGAUGACACCCGCUGCGGAGAUGGGGGCAAAGGCACCGAAGCUACACUGACUAACCCCCGGGGCAUCACCGUGGACAAGUUUGGGCUGAUUUAUUUUGUGGAUGGCACCAUGAUCAGACGCAUUGACCAGAAUGGCAUCAUCUCGACCGUGCUAGGUUCCAACGACCUGACAUCUGCCAGGCCCCUUAGCUGCGACUCUGUCAUGGACAUUUCUCAGGUUCGUCUAGAGUGGCCCACAGACCUGGCAGUCAACCCGAUGGAUAAUUCCCUGUAUGUCCUCGACAAUAAUGUUGUGUUGCAGAUCUCUGAGAAUCACCAAGUGCGCAUUGUGGCAGGAAGGCCUAUGCACUGUCAGGUCCCAGGCAUUGACCACUUCCUCCUCAGCAAAGUGGCGAUCCAUGCCACCUUGGAAUCUGCUACAGCUUUGGCUGUUUCUCAUAACGGGGUCCUGUACAUCGCUGAGACGGAUGAGAAGAAGAUCAACCGCAUCCGGCAGGUCACCACCAACGGAGAAAUCUCUCUUGUUGCUGGUGCGCCAAGCAGCUGCGACUGCAAGAAUGACGCCAAUUGUGACUGCUUCUCUGGGGAUGAUGGGUAUGCAAAAGAUGCCAAACUCAAUGCCCCUUCCUCCCUGGCAGUGUGCGCAGAUGGGGAGUUGUAUGUUGCCGAUCUUGGAAAUAUCCGAAUCCGCUUCAUUCGGAAGAACAAGCCAUUCCUCAACACACAGAACCUAUAUGAGCUGUCCUCCCCUAUAGACCAGGAGCUCUACUUGUUUGACACCAAUGGUAAACACCUUUAUACCCAGAGCCUGACCACAGGAGAUUACCUCUACAAUUUCACCUACUCGGGAGAUGGAGACAUAACCCUGAUCACUGAUAACAAUGGUAACUUAGUCAAUAUUCGGAGGGAUUCCACUGGAAUGCCACUCUGGCUAGUGGUGCCAGAUGGCCAGGUCUACUGGGUGACAAUUGGCACCAACAGCGCACUCAAGAGUGUGACAAUGCAAGGGCAUGAAGUGGCCAUGAUGACGUACCAUGGCAACUCUGGUCUUCUUGCCACCAAGAGCAAUGAAAAUGGAUGGACAACAUUUUAUGAGUACGACAGCUUUGGGCGCCUCACCAACGUGACGUUCCCUACAGGCCAAGUCAGCAGCUUCCGCAGCGAUACCGACAGCUCCGUGCACGUCCAGGUCGAGACAUCCAGCAAGGACGAUGUGACUAUAACAACCAAUCUGUCCGCCUCGGGUGCCUUCUACACCCUCCUGCAAGACCAAGUCCGCAACAGCUACUACAUCGGUGCUGACGGUUCUCUGCGGCUGAUGCUUGCUAAUGGCAUGGAGGUGGCACUGCAGACCGAGCCCCACCUCCUGGCUGGCACGGUGAACCCAACAGUGGGGAAGAGGAACGUGACUCUGCCCAUCGAUAACGGCCUCAAUCUGGUUGAGUGGAGGCAGCGGAAGGAGCAAGCCAGAGGGCAGGUCACUGUCUUUGGGCGCAGGCUGCGGGUGCACAACAGGAACUUGCUAUCCCUGGAUUUCGAUCGCGUGACCAGAACAGAAAAAAUCUAUGAUGACCAUCGCAAGUUCACACUGCGGAUCCUAUAUGACCAAGCAGGGAGGCCCAGCCUCUGGUCUCCUAGCAGCAGACUGAAUGGUGUGAAUGUGACAUAUUCCUCCGGGGGACACAUUGCAGGCAUCCAGAGAGGAACGAUGUCAGAGAGGAUGGAGUAUGAUCAGUCAGGCAGAAUUAUAUCCAGAAUCUUUGCUGAUGGAAAAUCAUGGAGUUACACUUACUUAGAGAAGUCCAUGGUGCUGCUUCUUCACAGCCAGAGGCAGUAUAUCUUUGAGUUUGAUAAGAAUGAUCGAUUGUCAUCUGUGACAAUGCCCAACGUUGCCCGACAGACCUUGGAAACCAUCCGCUCUAUCGGAUACUACAGGAACAUCUAUAAGCCUCCAGAGGGCAAUGCCUCAGUCAUUCAGGAUUUCACUGAGGAAGGCCAACUCCUUCAUACCUUGUACAUGGGGACAGGGAGGCGAGUGAUCUACAAGUAUGGGAAGUUAUCCAAGCUAGCUGAAAUGCUCUACGACACCACAAAGAUCAGCUUCACUUACGAUGAGACUGCAGGGAUGUUGAAAACAAUCAACCUGCAAAAUGAGGGGUUCACCUGCACAAUCAGAUACAGGCAGAUUGGCCCACUCAUAGACCGCCAGAUCUUCCGCUUCACUGAGGAAGGUAUGGUGAAUGCCCGCUUUGACUACAAUUAUGACAACAGCUUUAGGGUGACUAGCAUGCAAGCAGUGAUCAACGAAACACCAUUACCCAUCGAUCUCUACAGAUAUGAUGAUGUGUCAGGCAAAACAGAGCAGUUUGGUAAAUUUGGGGUCAUCUACUAUGACAUCAAUCAGAUCAUCACUACCGCCGUGAUGACUCACACCAAACACUUUGAUGCCUAUGGCAGAAUGAAAGAGGUUCAGUAUGAGAUAUUCAGGUCACUCAUGUACUGGAUGACUGUGCAGUAUGACAACAUGGGAAGAGUGGUGAAAAAGGAGUUGAAAGUUGGCCCAUACGCCAACACGACAAGGUACUCUUAUGAGUAUGAUGCUGAUGGCCAGCUGCAGACCGUGUCUAUCAAUGACAAACCACUUUGGCGUUACAGUUACGAUCUAAAUGGAAACCUCCAUUUGCUUAGCCCUGGGAACAGUGCCCGCCUUACUCCGCUCAGGUACGAUCUCAGGGACAGGAUUACAAGACUAGGGGAUGUGCAGUACAAAAUGGAUGAAGACGGUUUCCUAAAACAAAGAGGGAAUGACAUUUUUGAGUACAGCUCAGCUGGCUUGCUCAUCAAAGCCUACAAUAAGGCAAGUGGAUGGAGUGUGAAGUAUCGUUAUGAUGGCCUUGGAAGAAGAGUCUCUAGCAAAACAAGCCAUGGCCAUCAUUUACAGUUUUUCUAUGCAGACCUAACCAGCCCCACCAAAGUCACCCACUUGUACAACCAUUCAAGUUCUGAGAUCACCUCCCUCUACUAUGACCUCCAAGGCCACCUCUUUGCAAUGGAGCUCAGCAGUGGAGAUGAGUUCUACAUCGCUUGUGAUAACAUUGGGACCCCUCUGGCUGUCUUCAGUGGGACAGGCUUAAUGAUCAAGCAGAUCUUAUACACAGCAUAUGGAGAAAUCUACAUGGACACCAAUCCCAAUUUCCAAAUCAUCAUUGGCUACCAUGGAGGCCUGUAUGACCCUCUCACUAAGCUCAUCCACAUGGGCCGAAGAGACUAUGACGUGCUAGCUGGGCGGUGGACAAGUCCAGACCACAACAUGUGGAAACAUCUGAGCAGCAACAACAUAAUGCCUUUCAACCUUUAUAUGUUCAAAAACAACAACCCUAUUAGCAAUUCUCAGGAUAUCAAAUGUUACAUGACAGAUGUCAACAGCUGGCUGCUCACCUUUGGGUUCCAACUCCACAAUGUUAUCCCUGGAUAUCCCAAACCAGAUAUGGAUGCAAUGGAGCCAUCAUAUGAGCUUAUUCACACACAGAUGAAGACCCAAGAGUGGGACAACAGCAAGUCAAUCUUGGGGGUGCAGUGCGAAGUGCAGAAACAGCUGAAGGCCUUCGUCACGUUGGAACGCUUCGAACAAAUCUACAGCUCCAGCAUUGCCGGGUGCCGACAAGUCAAGGAGAACAACAGGUUUGCCUCAGGAGGGUCUAUCUUCGGAAAAGGAGUGAAGUUUGCCAUGAAGGAUGGGCGGGUGGCCACCGACAUCAUCAGCAUGGCCAACGAGGACGGGCGGAGAAUCGCGGCCAUCCUGAACAACGCCCACUACCUGGAGAACUUGCACUUCACCAUAGAUGGAGUGGACACGCACUAUUUCAUAAAGCAAGGGCCAUCGGAAAGUGACCUGUCCAUCCUGGGCCUCAGUGGCGGGCGGAGAACCCUGGAGAACGGCGUGAACGUGACGGUGUCCCAAAUCAACACAGUGCUUAGUGGAAGGACUAGACGCUACACGGACAUCCAGCUCCAGUACGGUGCGCUGUGUCUAAACACCCGCUAUGGGACCACCUUGGAUGAAGAGAAGGCCCGCGUCCUGGAGCUGGCCAGGCAGCGCGCUGUCACCCAGGCCUGGGCCAGGGAGCAGCAGAGACUGCGGGAUGGGGAGGAGGGCAUUCGCUCGUGGACAGAAGGGGAGAAGCAGCAGGUGCUUAACACAGGUCGGGUACAGGCCUACGAUGGCUACUUUGUGAUCUCAGUGGAGCAGUACCCAGAACUGUCAGACAGCGCCAACAACAUCCAUUUUAUGAGACAGAGCGAAAUGGGCAGAAGGUGACAUAGAGGGUCCAGACGCUGACUUCUUGCCAAAGACAGCUACUCUUUUGUGGCCACUUACAUGACUGUGUUGUACUCAAACCUUUUUCUAAAAACAAGCAAGGCAGGGGGAGGAAAAGAGAGAGAGAGAGAGAUGAUAACACGGUUGCACUGUAACUCAUGCAACAUACCUUUUUCUUUCCUUUUCUUUUCUUUCAAAUUUGGCCUUCACGCGUUUUUUUGCAAUGAACAGAAGGUAUGUUUUGCCGUUGCGUGAUCACAGUGAAAUUUGCUGUCUUUUGUCCUUCCCCCCACCGCACCCCGCAACCUUGUGAGGAAUUUCAAGUGGGGAGUCGUCAACGUACGUCCGUAGGUUACUCGAUGUGAAGUGAGAAAUGGGUGUCUGUGCUAACUCGUUUCAUCCUAACCAUUGCCGAUUUGGAACAGGGAGAGAGAAGCCUCUCGCCCAAGCAACAAGGCCGGGGGCCGAAGCGGAAGGUGACGCUGAGUCUGACCUUCUUCACGCGACUGUCUGAAUCGUGUGCCUCAAAAGAGAACUGACCAGUAGUUUUCACGUUUCACUUGGGACAAAGUAUUUUUGGGCUCCUGCUGUGCAGAAGUAGAUUAUAGAGGCAAAGGAGCUGAUUAUAUUAACUUGCAAGAUGAUUCUCUUCCUUCCUGAACUGGAAUAAAAAACAAAAAAAAAUCAGUCUUUUUUCAUUAUGAGAGUAGAUUUUUUUCAUUUUAUUUUAUUCUGUUUUUUGGUGCGUGCGUAAAUCCUGUUUUUAGUUAAAAUCCAGUAAAAGCCAAGAAAGAUGUUCCCGCUUUACUACAAAAA